AUGUGGCUUACACCGUUCCUGCUAUCAUUGAAAUGCACGGCAGUGUUAGCAUGGACAACAAAAGAACUUUUCAUCUACGAUUUGGUGGGGGAAGUGGGCGAGAAUUUUUAUGAUUUUUAUGGAAUUUCAAAAGAUGCAAAAAUUUCAAAUAUCAAAAAAGCGUAUCGCCGAUUGAGUAUGGAAUGGCAUCCGGAUCGCAAUUCAGAUAAAAAAGCAGGAGAGCAAUUCAGAAAGAUCGCUGCUAUUUACGAAGUUUUGAAAUCGGAUGAUUUAAGGGAGGAAUAUGAUCGUAUUCUAGAAAAUGGUCUUCCAGACUGGAGACAACCUGUCUUUUAUUAUCAGCGUGCUCGAAAGUUAUCCUGGUUUGAAGGAAUGGUCAUACUUAUAAUAAUUUGUUCCAUUGGUCAUUAUUUUAUGCUAUGGGGUGCUUACAUAGAUAAGUAUUUGAUAUUGUCUUCAAGUCGUAGCAAAUUGCGUAAGAAAGAAAUUCGACAGCUAAAAAAAAUUGGAAGUGAUGCUGAAACUGUUUAUGAGACAGAAAUUGCUGAAAUACUUUCCGAUGUUUGUCCGUCCUGGCGAAAUUGCUUACCAGUAUUGAUCGUAUCAUUUCUCUACAAUAUUACUGUUUCACUGCCGGGUUUUGUUCGUGACCACAUCAAUAUAUGUCAGCCUAAAAUAAAAAAAUCUGAGAGGGAUGACGUUGAUGAGGUUUCUUCACGUCGUUCUAUUGCAACACGACAACCUGUUUAUGAAUAUGCUGUAGCUUCAGAUGUAAAACCAGUUCUUGCUUGCGUUUUCAGUGAAGAUUCUGCGGAAAAAUCUGAUUCACAAAAUGAUAAUGUUAUACAUAACAGUGCAUGGACUAGUGAAGAAUUGGCAUUGCUUAUUAAGCUGAGUACCGAAAAGUAUCCUUCUGGUACACCUAACAGAUGGGAACUAAUGGCGAAAGUGCUGGACCGGUCGCCGCAAAACAUAACUUUUAUGGUCGGUAAAUUAAAACAAAUGAAAAGGAAUGAGUAUGCAAGCUUAUUACGUAGCUCUCAGUCAAGUGCUGUCGUGCAGAAGGCUGCACAAAUAACAUUACUGAAGCAAUCAAGCCAACUUUCUGAUGAAAAAUCAAAUAAAUGGAAUAUUUCAAGAGAAGAUAGCGAUAGUGAAAAAGGGAAGAUCUCAGUAAUAUGGUCGGACUAUGAUCAAAAGUUAUUUGAAGCAGCACUUCAACAAUUUCCUAAAGGCACUACCGAUCGUGUUUAUCUUGUUGAUAACAUUGAACAUCUUAGUGAUGUGCCGAAUUAUUUAGAUUGCGUCAUACUACGGCAUCUGUUAUUCUUUUCAUAUAAUUUUAGAAAUAUUUCGCAGUUUUUGCUUUCUGAAAUGUGGGACAAAAUUGCUAACUGUGUAUCAAGUAAAACUAAGCAGCAAUGUGUUGAGCGAUUUAGGUAUUUGUCGGAAAUGGUUCGACAAAAGAAGUCACAUCAGAGAAACAAGUAG